AGCGGUGAUCGGAAGGGAGGCAUUCUUUACUUCACCUAAAGUGAUCUACGCCCUGCGAAGGGGAUUGCAUCAAGCACAGCGCAUUUUUGCCAAGACUAUACAUCUGAGGUGCUCGUGAGGCAGUGCAAGAUGACUAGCGGGCCUGGUAAGAUUGAGGAACUACAGAAGCUGUUCCAGAGCUCAUCAAAGUACACCCAUUUGCAGGGCAAGAACCCUGCAGUCAACAGGCUGGUCACAGUCGUGGUGCCCUCAAUGAUGGGGUUGGCAGCUCUCACCCUGGUCAUUGAUUCAGCUCACAAGUUGUACACAGGGAAAGGAAAAUUGGAGUGACAGCGAAGUUGAUGGGGAGGGAGAGGUCCAAACCAGAAAAGGACAGCACGCUGCUCUUGUGAGAUAGGCAAUCUAUGGAAGGGUGGGGGAGGUCUACCCUUUGCAACAGUCAGCGUUCAUCCCUUGCAGACUCUGAUUAUUACAUGAGAUGGAAUGUUGUAUUACAAAGCGCGUAGCAUUAGGACAGCCCAUGGUGUUUAGUUUAAGCAUAAAUGCAGCACGAGAAAAGCGCUGUAACCUCUGCAUGCAGCUAC